CGGGCACUGUUGCGGUGUAGGGGAGGUAACUCUGUGACACUGCUGUUUACCAAACGAGAGCCACGCUCUGUUUUCAGCUUCGAGUGACAAGUCAGGUACUGAUCGAGUAAUAUCUGCUAUGUCCCACAAAACAAUCCAUUGGUUCCGCAAAGGUCUGCGUAUCCAUGACAACCCAGCUCUCCUGGCUGCUGUCAAAGACGGAGAGGAAUUAUGGCCAAUAUUUGUUCUUGACCCAUGGUUUGCCAAAAAUGCUCGAGUUGGAAUCAACAGAUGGCGGUUUCUACUUCAGUCUUUAAAAAAUCUAGAUGAGAAUCUGAAGAAAGUCAACUCAAGGCUGUUUGUCAUCCAGGGCAGUCCGACAGAGGUGUUCCCAGGGCUCUUUAAACAAUGGGAGAUAACUCGACUGACGUUUGAGGUAGACACUGAACCCUAUGCCGUGGCACGUGAUGAAGAAGUACAACAACUCGCACACCAGCAUGGAGUGGAGGUCGUCACAGAGGUGUCCCACACUCUAUUUGAUGUCAAGAAAACAAUACAGAAAAAUGGUGGAUCACCCCCACUCACGUACCAAAGACUUCAGACAUUGAUCUCACAGAUGGGGGCGCCUCCAUCACCUGCAAACACUCUCACCAAAGAGGAGAUGAAAGACUGUCGGACCCCUCAAGCAGAUGACACAGAGAAGUACAGUGUUCCGGCGCUGGAGGACCUGGACAAGUGUGUGGACGAGCUGGGUCCCAACCUGUACCCUGGAGGGGAGACGGAGGCACUCACCCGCAUGGAGAGGUAUCUCAAGAAAACAAAUUGGAUCUGUAGCUUUGAGAAACCUAAGACGGAGCCUAACAGUCUUCAGCCCAGCACCACAGUUCUCUCCCCUUACCUCAAGUUCGGCUGCCUCUCUGCUCGCACAUUUUACUUCCGGUUACUUGAGGUCUACCGAGUCAACAAGAAGCACACCCAACCCCCAGUGUCCCUGCAUGGGCAGUUGUUGUGGCGGGAGUUCUUCUACACUGUGGGGUCAGGGACAUCAAACUUUGACCGUAUGGAGGGCAACUCAGUCUGCACACAGGUGCCCUGGGAGAACAACAAGGAGCUGCUGGAGGCAUGGACACAGGCUCGGACCGGCUACCCAUUCAUAGAUGCCAUCAUGACCCAGUUGAGACAGGAAGGAUGGAUCCAUCAUCUUGCACGGCAUGCGGUCGCUUGUUUCCUGACUCGCGGUGACUUGUGGAUCAGCUGGGAGGAGGGACAGAAGGUGUUUGAGGAGCUGCUACUGGAUGCUGACUGGAGCCUGAACGCAGGGAACUGGAUGUGGCUGUCUGCCAGUGCAUUCUUCCAUCAGUAUUUCCGAGUCUACAGCCCCAUUGCCUUUGGCAAGAAGACAGACAAGAAUGGUGACUACAUCAGGAAGUACCUGCCACAGCUGAAGAAGUUCCCGGCACAGUACAUCUAUGAGCCGUGGAAGUCUCCCCAGUCAGUGCAGAAGGCAGCAGGCUGUGUCAUAGGCAAAGACUACCCCAAGCCUAUAGUGGACCACGACAACGUCCGCAAAGCCAACAUCAAGAAAAUGGCGGCUGCGUAUGCCAAGAGGAAGGAAAUGGCCACGAAAGAGAAAAGCACUUCAAGUCCUGCAAAGAAACGGAAAUCUUCAGCAAUGGAUGAUGGGACGAAGAAGAAAUCCAGAUCUGGAGACAAGAAAAUGACAGAUUUUUUCAACAAAUAAAUUAAAAAGUUCAUUUGUUAUGUAAGUGAAUAGAACCCGAUAUGGGAACUGAGUGAGUGAGUGAAAGAGGUAGUUGGGUUUUUAACGACGCUUUUAACAAUAUUCCAGUUAUACUACGUAUAUAAGCUUAAUGUGGGAGGAAAGUCUGAAGUGAUGCAGG